AUGACUGAAUGUGAAAACCUAAACCAAGAAGAAAUAAUUAAGGAACUGUGUUUAUGCAAUGGUUUGUCUUAUGAGAUGGUUGGACAAGAAGGAUCAGAUACUUCAAAACUGGAGAUGUUUUUCUCAGGUUAUCCCUGUAUAGUUGGAUUAUCAUUAUUUCCUAAUUUAACAAGUCUCACAAUUGUUGCUCAAGAUAUAAAAGAAAUUUCAGGGCUAGAAACUUGUUUACGGCUUAAAGAACUCUGGAUUGCUGAAUGCUGCAUAGAGAAAAUUGGAGGUCUUCAAGAAUGUAGAAAUUUAGAAAAACUGUAUUUAUAUUAUAAUAAAAUUUCCAAAAUAGAAAAUUUAGAGAAAUUAUUCAAAUUGGAGGUUCUCUGGCUGAAUCACAAUACAAUUAGAAAUAUUGAGGGCUUGCAAACUUUGAAGAAUUUAAAUGACCUUAACCUUGCUGGAAAUCUAAUAAGCAGCAUUGGUCGAUGUCUUGAUCCCAAUGAACAACUGGAAAGAUUAAACCUUUCUGGUAACCAAAUAUGUUCUUUCAAGGACCUCACUAACUUAACCAGGCUGCAUCACUUAAAGGAUUUGUGUCUGAAUGAUCCUCAGUAUAAGACCAAUCCAGUUUGUCUGCUGUGUAAUUAUUCCACACAUGUAUUGUAUCACUUGCCUCGCCUUCAAAGACUUGACACGUUUGAUGUGUCAGCAAAACAGAUCAAGGAACUGGCAGAUACAACAACAAUGAAAAAAAUAAUGUAUUACAAUAUGCGUAUAAAAACUGUUCAGAGGCAUCUUAAUGAAGACCUUGAAAAACUGAAUGAUCGAAAAUGCAAAUUACAGAAGUUGCCAGAAGAACGAAUAAAAUUAUUUAGCUUUGUGAAAAAAAAUCUGGAACGGGAACUUGCUGAACUCAAGGGAUCUGGCAAAGGGCACAAUGAUAGAUCCAGUAACAAUAAAGUAACUGAACUUGAAAAAUCAAAGAACUGUGAAACUGUCACAGAAGAACCAAAUCUUCAACAGAAGAUACUGACCAAACUAAAUGCCUUGAAUGAAAGGGUAACAUUCUGGAACAAAAAACUAGAUGAAAUUGAAGCAAUUUAUCGUGUUGAAGUAAAGCAAAAGAAGAGAAGUCAUGGAUUAUUGAUCCCAUUUUUGUUAAUUGAGUUGGAGACUGUGGGAAAUAUCCACUUUGAAGAAGGCACUCGAUCUGAUGACUGGUUUAACUCCUGCUAUGAAUUAAUUCUCUCACGUUUUUGUACAUGGGACUUCAGAACAUAUGGAAUUACAGGAGUGAAAGUAAAACGUGUCAUCAAAGUCAACAACCGCAUUCUGAGACUAAAAUUUGAAGAGAAAUUCCAAAAGUUUUUUGACAAUGAAGAUAAUCACGAUUCAGAGAGCUAUCGAAAGAUGCUGGAAUGUCUUUUUUAUGUUUUUGAUCCUGAAGUUACAGUGAAGAAAAAGCAUCUGCUACAAAUACUUGAAAAAGGAUUCAAAGACAGUGAAACAAGCAAGCUGCCCCUCAGAAAAGAAGCUGUGAUUCUUGCUAACAGCCUCAGUAUGUGUGAGUGUCCCAGAAUUGAAUUGUUACAGCAAAAGUACAAAAACGAGAAGAACUCUCUUGAGAAUGAGCUCUUCAGGCAUGGCAUCCUCCUCAUUACAAAGGUCUUCCUUGGCCAGAGUGUUCAGGCUCAUGAACAGGACUCCAUCAAUCAAGCUAACUAUCCAAUGGUUAAUUCAGUAUUCGUUCCUCGAAAAUACAUACUAAAUUCUGUCAUGGGACAAAGAAACUGUGAUUGCAGCAUUCGGCAGUGCAAGUGGUUUGUCUUUGAUCAUGACCUUGUUUUGCCAGAAUACAUUGUUGAAUUUGAGUAUAUUACAGUGGUCAAGGCUCACUCUUUAUUUUCUUCAUUCAACAAUGUUAUUCUAGAAGAAAGCAAAAAAAACUCAGAAGGAUCAGUAUUGUCCCAGGAUUUGAAAUUUGAUGAUGAAGUUAUAAAAAUGGAUCCCAGGAUCAAGCCCAGACCAAAACUUAUUAGUUUGGAUGAUAAAACAAUACUUUCUCUUGCCAAGACUAGCAUUUAUAGUCAUAUUGUGAGUCUGAAUCUCCAUGGAAACAGCUUGAGUAAAUUGAGAGAUCUCUCCAAGUUAACAGGACUUCGAAAACUUAAUAUCAGCUUUAAUGAAUUUACUUGCUUAGAUGAUGUAUACCACCUGUAUAACCUUGAAUAUUUGGAUGCAAGCCAUAACCAUGUGAUAACCCUGGAGGGAUUUAGAGGUCUGAUGAAACUGAGGCACUUAGACUUGAGCUGGAAUCAACUGAAAAAAUCUGGUGAUGAAAUAAAUAUGUUAUGCAAACACACCACAAGCCUUCUUACGCUUGAUAUUAGGCAUAAUCCAUGGCAAAAGCCAGCCACAUUAAGGCUGAGUGUUAUUGGCAGAUUAAAGACUCUCACUCAUUUAGAUGGACUCCUCAUUUCUGAAGAAGAAGCAACAGCAGCUAUGACAUUUAUUACUGGAACAAAGAUUACUCAGUUAUCUCUCUUACGGCAUUCUGGUACUAAAGAGGAGAGACCACGGAUACUUAGUAUAUGGCCUUCUGCCAAAAUUCUGACAGAGAUUUCAAAGUUAGGACCACAUGUACAUCUGAGCGGAAACUGGUACUUGAAGAUAACUGCUUUAAAUUUAGAUGGGCAACAUCUCUUUGAAAUUACAAAUUUAGAAAAAUUAGAAAAUUUGAAAUGGGCAUCAUUCAGCAACAAUAAUCUCACUAAAAUGGGAGGCUUGGAAUCCUGUGUUAACUUGGAAGAGCUCACAUUAGACGGAAACUGUAUCUCAAAGAUAGAAGGCAUUUCCAAGCUGACUAAAUUAACCCGCCUCAGCAUAAAUAAUAAUCUUCUCACUGGUUUGGAAAAACAUACGUUUGAUAACUUGCUUCAUCUUCACUCCCUUUCUCUUGAGAACAACAGAAUCACUUCAUUGAGUGGUCUACUAAAAGCUGUUACUCUGAUUGAAUUAUACAUAAGCAAUAACUAUAUUGCUGUCAAUCAGGAGAUCUACAAUUUAAAGGGUUUAUGCAACCUGGUCAUUCUUGAUAUGUAUGGAAAUAUUAUCAUAUGGAAUCAAGAAAACUACCGGUUGUUUGUAAUAUUUCAUCUUCCAGAACUGAAAGCUUUGGAUGGAAUCUCAAUUGAACCACCAGAGACUGAAUGUGCAAAAGAUUUGUUUGGUGGCAGACUUACUUCUGACAUGAUUGCAGAACGACAAGGACAUUCAAACUUCACCCAAAUGCAAGAACUAAAUUGGACUUCAUCAUCUAUCAGAACUGUGGAUUUGAUUCCAGUUGACCAAUUUAGAAAUGUAUGUAAUGUGAAUCUACAAAACAAUAAUCUUACCUCAUUCAGUGGAUUAAUCUAUCUGCCUAAUGUGAAGGUCUUAUGCCUCAAUUAUAAUCAUAUUGAAUCCAUCAUGCCCAGAGUAAAACCUCAGACUCACUUGACCAACAGACAGCUACUCUACCAGAAAGUGCCUUCAAGUGGCUACGGACAACAAGGAACUUCAAAAAUAAACAGAGAAACAAUGAGCAGUGAAAAUUUGCCUCCAAUAAUGCACAGUUUAGAAGUGCUUCAUUUGGGCUACAAUGGAAUUUGUAAUUUAAUUCAGCUACAGCUUAACAGACUAAGAAAUUUAAAAUUCCUCUUUCUACAGGGGAAUGAAAUUAGUCAAAUUGAAGGGCUUGACAAUUUAGUAGUCCUUCAGGAAUUGGUAGUGGACCAUAACCGCAUCAGAGCAUUUAAUGAUAGUGCCUUUGCCAAACCAAGCUCUCUGUUGGCACUUCACCUGGAAGAAAACAGACUACGAGAGCUGAGCAAAUUACAACCUUUGGUAAAACUAGAGAAACUCUUCCUAGGAUAUAAUAAAAUCCAGGAUAUGGCAGAACUGGAAAAACUUGAUGGUAUCUCUUCUCUCAGAGAGCUUACGGUUUAUGGCAAUCCAAUUUGCAGAAAAACACUACAUCGGCACGUGCUCAUAUUUCGGCUGCCUAACUUACAGAUGUUAGAUGGAAUUCCUGUGAAUUCAGAUGAUAGAGCUAAAGCUGAAUUUCACUUCUCUGAACUACAAGCAAAGAAAACUUCGUUUAUUCCUGUUACCAGCUCUCCAAUGGAUGGUGGAUCAUUUGGCCAAGUGAAAGCGCCUCCCAUAAAGAUAACAAAUGUAAUUCUGCCUGGUGCAUUUAGCCAUUACCUGGGACCUGACUUCACUUUAACUCCUGAAGUUGAAGACAAAAAAAACAAGAAUGCAGGCAUUCUGACAAAUAAUCCUCGGAGCAUCCAUGCAGAAAUAGCUUUUCGGCAACUCAGAGGGAUAAAUCUCUCUCCAUCUCUUUUAUCACCUCAGAGUAUGUCAUCUCCAACUGCACAUAUGUACCAGAGCAACCCAGAUGAGGGAAGAAUUCCUGGCAGCCACUUUCCUGGAUCAAAUCGAAUGUAA